AUGACAGGAUCCCGGGUUGUCGUGUAUCACCAGACACAUCAUGUCGGCGGCAUGCCUAUUUCUGCUUUACCGCUCGUCACGCAUCAGGCCGGUGUCACACACCUCAUCAUUGGCGCCGUGCACUUGAAUGAGACUUCAGCAGGGGGCCUCAGUCUGAACGAUGAUCCGCCGGAAAGUACACGCUAUACGCAGCUUUGGUCUGAAGUGCCUGCUUUGCAAGCCAGCGGCAUCAAAGUCAUGGCCAUGUUGGGCGGCGCAGCUCAAGGCAGCUUUCAGCGGCUCGAUGCUCACGCUCGGCUCUCAUUUGAGGAGUACUAUCAUCCACUGCGCAACUUCUUGCGUCAGCGCAACUUUGACGGGAUUGACCUUGAUGUGGAGGAGAAGAUGUCCCUUGGUGGCAUCAUUCGGCUGAUUGACCGCCUCGUCGAUGAUUUCGGGCGUGACUUUAUCAUCACUCUUGCUCCUGUGGCAACGGCACUACUUUUGAAGGGCAACAAUUUGUCUGGCUUCAACUACUUUGACCUCGAAGUAGCACGCGGCCGCUACAUUGACUUUUACAAUACCCAGUUCUAUUGUGGCCAUGGUUCUUUGAAGAACAUCUCUUCUUACCAGCGUAUACUCGACAAUGGAUGGGAUCCAAGACGUGUGGUUGUAGGGGUCUCUACGAAUCCAAGCAACUGCAAAGGCUGGGUUCCAUUACGAACCUUCUCAUCUGUUCUGAGAGAGAUGCAGGCCCUGGCUCUACUGCGUGACAAUCAACCCCUGUUCCCUGGUGAGUCUGAUAGAGGGCCCGCAUUUGGCGGUAUCAGUGGCUGGGAGUACUUCAACUCUCUACCAGGCUCUAUUGAGCGACCCUGGGAGUGGGCAAGCAUCAUUUCAAGGUUGCUUGGCAACAUGGCCACACCGGAACCAGUUGAGCUAUUGGCAGAGACAAGUGCUGCGCGCUUGCAAAGCAUUCAAAUUACGGGCGGGUAUUCUUGA